UAUAAGAUUCUAGCAUUCGACAGCUGUUUGCGCUUCAUUUUAGUUUGCUGUCAUAUUGUGAAAUUUGUUCCUGAAGCAUAUUUAGAAAAGAAUAUAUAGAAAAAUAUCAUGCCUAAAGUACGCCGCAGCCGCAAACCACCACCGGAUGGCUGGGAGCUUAUCGAACCGACACUGGAGGAGCUGGAACAAAAAAUGCGCGAAGCUGAGACUGAGCCACAUGAAGGCAAGCGCAUCACAGAGUCGCUGUGGCCCAUCUUUAAGAUCCAUCACCAGAAGACGCGCUACAUCUACGACUUGUUCUAUCGCCGCAAGGCCAUCAGCCGUGAGCUGUACGACUACUGCCUGAAGGAGAAGAUCGCCGACAUCAAUUUGAUAGCCAAAUGGAAGAAGUCUGGCUAUGAAAAUCUAUGCUGCUUGCGCUGCAUCCAGACACGCGACACCAACUUCGGCACCAACUGCAUUUGCCGCGUGCCCAAGUCCAAGCUCGAGGAGGGUCGCAUCGUAGAGUGCGUCCAUUGUGGUUGCCGUGGCUGCUCCGGCUAAGCCCUUCACUAGAAUUUUUUAUACAUAAUUAGGACAAAAAAUAGAUAAUUAAAAAAAUUUUUUUUCUUGCUGACUUGAUCGAAACUUUAGUUUCUAUGUAAAUAGCUCGCAUUGUUCGAUCGCCAAUUCCGCAAAGAU